GAGAGAGAGGGAGAGAGAGGGAGGAAAAUAAGAGCCAUCAUCAUCUAUCUGACUCUCAUACUACUGGAUAUUAUUAUUUUUUCAGUGGCAUCUCUUUAUUUCCUUCAUCUUCUAUUUUUUUCCCGCGCACAUUUAACCUCAACUUGCUUUUGGUGAUUUUUGUCUUUUUUUUUUUGUAUUAUUAUUACAAUUAUUUUUUCUCCCCUCCUCAGUCUUGGAGACUUCUCCCUCCGCCGCCACUCGACUCUGUUCUGCUGCUUCUAAUCCUCUUUCUCCACUCACUGCAUGGGACCACAGGACGGCCGCCUUCGGUUCUGAUUUCACCCCGACUGUCGCUGCUGCUGCUCCCUCCGGGGCUACAACAACUCGCGACCAAAACCGCCAACCGAACGCCGGACCGGAGCGGACCGGAGCCGGCCGUGAGCCAACCGAGACAGGAGGGAGGAGGGGGGAGACACUCAAUUGAAUUCCUGUGUUGAGUUUUGAGAAGGUGACAGCAGCAACUCCUUAAAAGCUCAGCCGGUCUGAGAGGAUGAAAUAGAUUCUGUCAACAUGGUGCCAUUUUGGAGAUAAAUCCAUCAUUUUUUUUAUUAUUAUUUUUUUAAAAUUUCUUCGUACGUUGUUGUUUUCUCUCCUUGAUGGGACGCGCGGAGCUGCGAGACGUCAGGUGGAGGUCUUGAGCGUCACCUGUCCCUGCGCACCUCUUGACGGCGCGCCUCCUAAUUAGCGUCGCUUAAGUGGAUUAUUGUGAUCUCGGACUCGCGCGCUCUUCUUUGCAGGUUUGCCAUCUCUCCUCCCCUCCCGCGCCUCCCCUCACCUCCUCUCCCCCUCCUCCUCCUCCUCACCCUCACCCUCCUCCCUGGAAGUUAUGUCAAGGCCUCUCGCGCAGCUCCUGCCGCCGGAUCUCCCUGCCGGGGCCACCAGCCCCCAAUUCGGGGCCAGCAACCCGGCUGGAACUGGCCCCCAAGGCGGACACCUGACCUCCAUGACCAACCUGAAGUCCCUGCUCCAGCUGCCCAUCAAGGCCGACCAGAGAGGGACCAAGGACUGCUGCGAGAUGAAAGACAAAGAUAAGCCCCUGGACUCUGAUGAAGAUUCGCUGGGUGCCAACGCCGGAGGACCCGGCGGGAUCGGAGGAACCCCGGGCUCCGGAGCGCUGCGACCCAACUCCCAGUCGGCCUUCCUGGGCCCGCUGCUGUGGGAGAGGACCCUGCCGUGCGAUGGAGGCCUGUUCCAGCUGCAGUACAUGGACCUGGAGGAGUUCCUGACCGAGAAUGGGAUGGGGAUGCACAGCAACGGGCCUAGCUCCGCCAGCGCCCAGAUCCCCUCCCAGAGCUCCCAGUCUGCAGUGCCCAACCAGAGCUCCCAGUGUCCUCCCACCUCCCCUCCACCCUGCUCCUCCUCUUCCUCCUCCAUGUCCUCUUCAUCCUCCUCUUCCUCACUGCUCGGAUUGGAAACCGUCCAGCAACAGCCGCCGCCGCCACCACCACCUCAGCAGCAGCAAAGCAUGAUGGGAGGACCGGAGUGUCUACACGGUGGUCAGGCGGUGCCUCAGGACCCGUCACCUUCUUCCACCUGCCCUCCGGGGCCCCCCGGACCUCCGGCGGUUGCCAACGGCGGCAAUGACAUCAUGGUGAACUUCGACCCCGACCCGGCGGACCUGGCGCUGUCCAGUGUGCCAGGCCAGGAGGCAUUCGACCCGCGACGACACCGCUUCAGCGACGAGGAGCUGAAACCCCAGCCGAUGAUCAAGAAGGCCCGCAAGAUGCUGGUCCCCGAUGAGCAGAAGGACGAGAAAUACUGGAGCCGGCGCGUGAAGAACAACGAGGCGGCCAAGCGCUCGCGGGACGCCCGGCGGCUGAAGGAGAACCAGAUCUCGGUGCGCGCCGCCUUCCUGGAGAGGGAGAACGCCGCCCUUCGCCAGGAGGUGGCCGACAUGAGGAAAGAGCUGGGCCGCUGCAGGAACAUCAUCAACAAGUACGAGAGCCGGCACGGAGACUUGUGA